AUGGGGCAGAAAGACUCUUUCGUCCUGGAGUUCGCUGAAACCGUCGAAAUCAACUCUAGCGGCGCAGUGAUCUCUAGACGACACAACCAUCUUACCUUCAGCUGUUCCAUCGACUUUGACAAGUACCCUUUCGAUGUCCAAGCCUGCAGUGUCGGGUUUUAUCCCACCGGUCUGAGGUCUUACUCGCUGUCUGAAUACAUCAACGUUAGCGGAGAGUGGCUGUUUAUGGGUGAGCACCAUGACGUCAUUGAGACUGCUGAUGGGCUACCUAACUUCCCUCGCUACUACUUCACCAUGAAGCGACAACGGACGUAUUACGUCAUCACUUUUAUCUUUCCUAUGGUGCUGACGUCAGUGAUGAUCCCCCUGGCUUUCCUGAUACCUGCUUACACCGGAGAGAAGUUGUCGUACCUCGUAGCAAUGUUCACAUCUACGGCAAUCUAUCUCAACUACAUCAGGUGA